UUGUUUAUUGAGGUUAUGUUUUAUAUUUUGUUGAUAAUGUGUAUGAAUGAUAUAAUUUUUUAAUGGAAAGAAUGGAUAAUAACUCAAAAUUUUGCCGUUUCUGUCUAUAUGAAGAGCAGGCUGAUUCGAAUAAUUUACUUCUAGAUAUAUUUAAAACCCAGUUACAAAAUGAGUUAAAAAAUUUAGGAAGUAUACUUAUUAAUCAUGAGGACAAUAUACCUCCCUUAGUAUGUGGAAACUGCCUUGAUUUUAUUAAACAAAUUUUAGAAUUUUUGGAGAAAGUUCAACAUUCCAAAAAAGUUUUAUACAAACUGUAUAAUAAUAAAGAUGAGAAAGAGGACCUAGAUAAAAUUGAAGUCAUUAAACCUGUUGUUAGUCAGAGCCAAUUGAAUACAGAUAUUCAGUGCUAUAUGAAAGAAAAUAAAAACAAAUCUAAAAUUGAUGCAUCCAAAUCAGAAAUAAAUAACGUUAAAAGUAAAGAAAAUGCCAAUAAAAAUAAAAGUCGCCGAAAAUGUCGAUCUGUCACUAAAUCGUGUAUAGAGCCCAAUCAAAAAAGAUAUAUAAAUGUUAGACAGAAUAACGAAAGCCGCUAUGAAUUCUGCAAAGCUGAAACCAUUGAUAAUGAGAUAAAUAAAGAAAAGGAAAUUAGUGAUGCUGUUUAUUUCCCUGGAGGACAUAACAUCAAUCUCUAUAAAAAACAAGUAAACAAUAUAAUCAGUGUACCUGCUAAACUUACACAACUCAAAAGUACUGAAAAUAAUUACGUAUACUCCUGUAGUAUUUGUUCUGAACAAUUCGAUCAUUUUUUUGACUAUCAAGAUCAUCAACAUUCUCACAAUGGACAAUUUGUGUUUUGUUGUUCGAAAUGUAAUGAGGUGUUCUCAAGACGGACUGAUCUUGUUAUACAUGAAAGUAAACAUAAAGUGGCGUGUACUGUUUGUAAUAUACAAGUUUUACCAAAAAAUUUGUCAGCUCAUAUGAAGAAACAUACAGACUUAUUUAAAUGUGCAGAUUGUCACUCACGUCAUUCAUCACGAGCCCUGUUGGAAAACCAUUUUAAAGCUCGUCACGCCGGUAUAAAAGGCUACGUAUGUCAUAUUUGCGGCAAACAGAACAGUUGUCAAGCAUCUAUGAAUCGCCAUCUUGCGACGCAUCUUUCGGUCAAGCCGUUCAAGUGCAAGAUGUGCAGCUUCGCCACUAAAUCAAAAAACAUCCUUAAAGUUCACGAGUUAAGGAAACAUUCCAAUCAAAUGACUAACUGUGAUAUUUGUACAAAGACUUUUAAGUCCGAGCUAAGUUUAAAUCAGCACAAAAAACGUAUGCACCAGCCGAAAAAGCACAGCUGCAAGCACUGCGGAAAAAGCUUCGUGGAAAAAUAUAACCUAGAUCAACAUUUGAGAAAAAGACACUCAAUUCAACGGGUCUUCGCUUGUAAAAUAUGCCAUGAAGAUUUUUUGACAUCGCAGAAAUUGAAAGAUCACAUGCACAGUCACAGAAGUGGGUGCGUCAGUUGCGAAAAUUGCGGGAAAACAUUUUUUUAUAAGAAGCAUUGGUUGAAGCACGUGGAAAAGUGCGGAUCUAGUUUAGUGUCUCGUAUUAUACAGAAAUGGAAAGAAUAGAAUUAUUUUUUAAAUAA